AGAUGGUUGAUUGGUCAUUGAUGCUUGAUAUGGACAGUUGUGAAGUUUUUUCUCCUGAAAAGGUCAAGAGAUUCGACCUAGCGUGAGAUUAGUUUGUGACUUUGGUGGUGGUGGCCUCAGGGCAGAAGGAACAGAGGCAAGGAAAGAUGGAGCAUGGAGAAAAAAGUGGGACUAGACUUUUCAUCUGCUCGAUGAAACCCGGCAGCUCGAUAAACAGUAUUUCAGAUUUUUUUUGUUUUUAAUUUCAAGGAAAAAAAAGGUAAGAAAGUGAUUGCCUGCACAUGCAUGCACUUCCGCCCCAAAAAGAAGGAAGGAUUUCUUUUCUUCCUGCAACGAAAUGGCUGUUGCCAUGUUGAGAAAAUUGGACUCCCCAUUACUGCGACGAUGAGGCCGUCAAGUGUGAAGUAGAUUCUCAGACCGUUCUGAUCCGGCUGAAUCCCAGUUCGCGAGAUCUAGAGAAGUUGAAGUGGCGACCGAAUUUAUCGACAACGGCAAAGUUUGAGGAAUAAUAUCAAUUGCUGCAAUAGAAAGCAAAGAGAAACAAGAAAAAAUGGUGGAACCAAUUUCGAUUUCAGCUGCUACUAUCAUCAAGGGGUUAAUAAAAGUCAUUGAGGAAGUGAGGAAGACGCAUGAACUCUUCAACACCGAGUUCGAAAAACUCAAGAGUCUCUUAAUUACUCUAGAGCCUCGGGUUGAAUCUGUCAGGGAUUUCGACGAGAAAACUGCACAUCAUCUCAGCCGCGACAAAAGGUUAUCAGAAGUGAGACAACAGGAGAUGGCAGAACUGCUGCAGAAACUGAAAGAAUGUGACCUGCUGGUUAAAAAAAGCAUCAAGGUGCCCAUGUGGAACACCUGCUUGGUUAGAGUUUACGCGGAGAGACUGAAAGAGCAGAAUGAGUCUCUGAGAAACUUUGUGAACACAAAUAUGAUAAUUGAUGUAUGGGAGAUUACGAGGACGACAAGAACCGCGGGCACUCCAGUAUUUUCUGGUACUGCUGUACCAGAACCACCAGAAAUAACAGUUGGAUGGGUGAAGCCGGUGGAGGAGUUGAAGCAGAAGCUGUUUCUAGAAGAGGUUUCCGUGCUCGGAAUCUGCGGUCUAGGAGGGUGUGGGAAGACGACUUUGGCCGCAAAGUUCUGCGAGCAGGUUAAAGACAAGUUUUACAAGAUCAGCUUCUUACCAAUUUCAAGGACACCAAAUUUGUUGGAGAUGGUUUCCCGACUAUGGCGAGACUUGCUAAGUGAUGUUGGCAAGUUGCCCGAAUUUCAAGACGUCGAUGAUGCAAUGAAUCUGCUGAACUCCGGUCUGAAAGAAUGGAAGCCGGAAAGAGGCAUGGUCCUAGUGGUUUUAGAUGAUGUUUGGCCUGAUUCAGAGGUAGAGAAAUUGGUUAUCAGGAAACGGCCGGGUUUUAAGACCCUCGUCACAACCAGAGGUGGACUCAACUGGCUUGAUCAUAGUUAUCAAGUACCGAAGCUCGGGAUGGAAGAAGCUAAAAGUUUAUUCUUCCACUAUGCUCAGUAUUCCGAUCAAGGCCGCAGAAGGUCGAAACCUCGACUCGUGGAACAGAUAGUGGAAGGGUGCAUGAGACUCCCACUAGCACUUAAGGUGAUAGGGGCCUCGCUGAAGAAUCAAGGUGAGUGGAAAUUGAAGGAGACGGCGACGAAGAUUGCUACAGGGCGGCAAACCGUCGGUGAUCCGUUUGAUCAGAUCGUUGGCUGCCUGGAGAGCAGCGUAGAGUCUUUGUCUGAUAAACAACGUGACUGCUUUAUGGACUUCAUCUGCUUCCCCAAUAACAAAAGGAUCCGCGCAGCCGCCGUCAUGGAUAUAUGGGUUCAAAUUCGAGGCGAGACUGAACUCGGUGCGUUCAGCAUUUUGAAAGAUCUUGCUGAUCGGCAUCUGAUUGAAGUUUUCGAGAGAAGAAGGAAUGAAGCUUGGGACGAAGAUGAGGGCUUCGGUGAUCUCUUUGUUACUCAGCAUGAUCUACUGAGGAAAUUGGCCGACUGCACCAGCCAGAAGACCAAGAAGACGAGACUCAUUAUAAAUCAAACGGAUGAAUGUCCUAAUGCCGAUCUCACCUCAGAAGCUCAAAUUGUUGCCUUGGAAAUGGGUGAUGGGAAGAAAAACUUUGACACGUACAUUCCACCAAUAUUCCCGUGUGCAGAAGUACUGAUCUUGAACUUUUCCCACGGUUCCUGUUCUUUGCCUUCCUUUCUGAAGGAGAUUGAAACACUUAAGCUUUUGAUCAUCGCCAAUGGCAGCUCGACUGCUGCAGAGUUGAGCAGGCUGCCACCAUCAAGUUCUCUAAAGAACCUCAGAAGCGUGAGGUUGGAGAGGAUAUCAUUACCUAUUCUUCAUACGUUUGCAGAGCCUUUCCUUGGGUUACAGAAACUGUCCAUGGUGCUCUGUGAAGUCAGGGGGGAGGAAAGCUCUCCUGUUUUGGAGGUUCCCAACAUAUUUCCAGAGAUGACAGAGAUCGAAAUAGAGUACUGCAGUGAGGAGAAAAGCUCCCAAGUUUUCGACAUUCCAAACAUAUUUCCAGAGAUCACAGAAAUCGAAAUAGACUACUGCAACGGAUUAGAAAGAUUGCCAACUUCAGUUUGCGACAUUCCCAAUCUGAGGAAGCUGAGCAUCACCAAUUGCCAUGAUCUAAUCGAGUUGCCGGAGGCAAUUGGUAGGAUGAACAAAUUAGAGGUGCUGAGAUUGCGAGCAUGUACAGCAAUGGGGGGCCUGCCAAAAUCCAUUUCUGAACUAAAGAAACUGAAGUUUCUGAAUUUAUCAGAAUGUUCAAACCUUUCGAGUCUUCCUGAAACCAUGGGGGGGCUGCAAGGUUUGGAAACGAUCGACGUGAGGGAAUGCUCGGCGAGGCUGCCCGUAACGGUGAUGCACCUCAAGGGCCUUAUACGUGUCAUUUGUGACGAGGAGACCCAGAAGAUGUGGAAGCCAUUUCUGGUUCACUUUAAGCGGCCGGUGUUGUUAGAUGUGCAUAAAGCCGAUGUGAGCUUGGAUUUUCUUCAAUAAAGCACUUAAACAGUGGCCGUGAUCAAGAUACGCAUGCAGAUUUCAAGCAACCGAAUAGAAGUCGACGCUGCUUUGAUUCGUCUUUCACAUCGGCUUAGAAUAGAUGCUAACCCCAACCAACCCCAACCAGUUCAGAUCUUCUGAUAGCUGAUGAAAAGCUUUCUGGUUCCACUCCAGUGAUUAAGAAAGAGUUGUCAUAGGAGGUCUUCUACGAAACAAAUGUGGGCCCUAGAUAUAACUUAGAUCCAGACCCAAAUUUAUGUGGAGAAAAACCAACAGUCUCGAUGCGUAAAAUAAUUUUCAAUAAUAAACUUGACAAAGUAUACUUAAUAAGAACUUAAUAACCAAAUGAAAAUAACCCACAAAAUGAGCUAAGCCCAACAGUUGAUAAUCUCAAAAUGUAAACUAUUUUAUUCAUCAAAAUGAACAUUAUAAAAUAAGACUCAAGGGAACUCACCUAAGCUUCAUGUAGUGAACUUUCACACCAAAGCACUUCCACGCUCUUUGCACCCAAUGCCUUUGCACUUAAUCACUAAAUACUUACACACCAGUACACAAAGUGAGCACACACUCAUUGCUCAACUCUAUCUCUUGCUCAACUCUAGCUCAAAGAUACACUUACAGUGCCCAACAACCCUAUUUAUAGGGAGGAUUAGUUGCUGGUGGAAGAAUCCAUCGAAUUCUAAUAUAUAUAUUUUUUGUUUUUCCUUUUAAACAUUACAUGCACCACCUUUAAAAAAGAAGCCCACAACAGCUUGAGUUUUUUCGACUUUCUGAGAGAGUUAGUGAUGACUCUUUACAAUCUCCCCCUCAUUACUGACUCUCUACU